ACCAGCACCGACCUCGAUCUACCUCUUGACCAGAACCGGCUUCUGUCUCUUGACCUCCAACCUCCUCUCCUCCCGAUCUCCAUCCCUCUUGUAACGGCGCGCUCAACUCACUCUCGCUCAGCACUAAACAUACGCACACCAGCAUACUCUCACAGUCUUUCGUUGUUGUCGCCUUGACUCACUCAUUUCUCUUCGCUCUUUCGCAUCAACGUUACUUACCACCACUACAAACAUCAUCAUGAAGUUCCUCACCUCGUCCCUCGUCGCUGCCGCCCUUGUGGCCAGCUCCACGCUUGUGGCCGCCUCGCCUCAGGACGUCAGCGGUCUCGCCCUCAACCACGGUAGCGCCCACCUCGAGAAGCGCACGAGCUGCAAGGCCGGCUCCUCAAAGCACAAGAAGCACAAGUCCAAGAAGAACAGCGCCAGCAGCGCCACCAAGAGCGCCGGCUCCAAAGCCGCCAAGUCGUCGGGCACCUCGUCGUCAUCUUCCGCAUCGUCGUCUGCUUCGUCGUCAUCUUCGUCGUCGGGCGCUCAGGGCUCGGGCAAGAAGCCCAGCGGCUACAAGAGCAAAGCUGGUCUUUGCUGGGCAAACGCUGGCGGUAUCAACAUCGAGCCCUUCAUGUCUGGCACCGUCUCCUGGUUCUACUCGUGGGGUGCCUGGCCCAAGUGGGACAGCGCGCCAACCGACUCGCUCUUCUUCCCCAUGCUCUGGGGUGACUCUGGCCCGGGCGCCAACCUGGACGACUUCAAGAAGCGCGUCCUCAACGACCAGAACGGCAAGUGGAACAAGCACAAGGCUGUCAUGGCCAUGAACGAGGUCAACCAAAAGGGCCAGGCCAAGAUGACCCCCGAGCACGCCUGCUCGCUCAUGCGCGAGAACAUCAAGCCCCUCGCCGACAAGGGCUGGUACGUCAUGGGCCCCUCGACGACGUCGGCUCCCGACGGACUCGAGUGGUACAAGGAGUUCAAGUCCAAGUGCGCCGACCAGUUCAACAGCCUCGACGCCAUCUCGCUCCACUUCUACGACACCACUGCCGAGAAGUUCAAGACGUACGUCCAGAACUGGAUCGACACCUUUGACAAGGACGUCUGGAUCACCGAGAUGGCUUGCACCAACUUCAACGGCAACGACCAGCCCAGCGCCUCGGACGUCAAGAGCUUCAUGACGGAGACGAAGCAGUGGAUGGACUCCAACGACCGCGUCAUGGGCUACGCCUGGUUCGCCGCUCUCCAGUCGAUGCAGGGCGUCACCCAGCAAAACUGCCUCCUGUCGGGCAAGGAGCCCAACGCCCUGUUCCGCAUGUACUCCAGCUAAAGGUCAUGCGCCUCCUUUCCCCUUUCCUCUCUCCUCUCCUCUUUUCUUCGUGUUUCUCCCUGUUAUUCCUUUGCUGUCUUUUGCUUUGAGCGGGCUCGCUGUGCGAGCCUCGCCAGACCAGUUCUUCCCUCUCUAUACACAGGUUGUCUUCUCCUCCCCCUUUGACAGUGGCGCAGGUGUCUUUUCUUUAGUGCUAGUCAGACUGGUUCCUUGCUUUGCAAUCCUGAAAAGGCUCUUGUUACA